AUGUAUUACCAUGCAAAAAAAAAACAAAACAACAAAUACGGCAUUCCCAAGGCACCUCCCCGCAAAACCGUACCCCCAAAUUCUCGUUCCUAUGGGAAGGCAGCUCGUGCCCGGGCAAGACUGAAGACGAGACCAACCGCGCAGGUAGGCUCGGAAGGGCGACGCAAACCCCCCAACUCGCGCCCACCUUCCACCCCAGAUCUCGCGGCCGCCGCCGCCGCCGACGAGAUGCUCCUCCUCCGCGGCCUCCUCCUCGCCGCUCUCCUCGCUGUCGCGCGGCAGCCCCUGGCGUCCGCCUCCGAGUCCGACCACAAGUACAAAAUUUCAGAACCAGUCAAGCUCUGGGUAAACAAGGUUGGCCCGUACAAUAAUCCUCAGGAAACAUACAACUAUUACAGCCUUCCGUUUUGUCAACCAGCUGAAAACCCUGCACACAAAUGGGGUGGACUCGGAGAAGUUCUCGGUGGAAAUGAGCUGAUUGAUAGUCAGAUUGAUAUACAGUUUUUGAAAAAUGUGGACAAGGGCCCCAUUUGCACAAUUGAACUUGAUGCUAAAAAGGUUCAGCAAUUUACUGAUGCCAUUGAAAGCUCAUACUGGUUUGAGCUUUUCAUAGAUGAUCUGCCAUUGUGGGGUUUUGUUGGGGAGACUGACAAAAACAAUGAAAACAAGCACUAUCUUUACACACACAAGAAUAUUGUUGUUAAAUACAACGGUAACAGGGUAAUUCAUGUCAAUCUCACUCAAGAGUCACCUAAGCUUCUUGAAGCUGGAAGAAAAUUGGACAUGACAUAUUCAGUGAAGUGGGUGCAAACAAAUGUGGCAUUUGCACGGCGUUUUGAAGUUUACUUGGACUACCCGUUCUUCGAACACCAGAUUCAUUGGUUUUCCAUCUUCAAUUCUUUCAUGAUGGUCAUUUUCUUAACUGGUUUAGUAUCAAUGAUAUUGAUGAGAACCCUGAGAAAUGAUUAUGCAAAAUAUGCUCGUGAAGAUGAUGAUCUUGAGUCACUUGAAAGGGAUGUUAGUGAGGAAUCUGGAUGGAAGCUUGUUCAUGGAGAUGUAUUUCGACCUCCACGCAACCUAAUGUUUCUGUCUGCUGUUGUUGGCAUUGGCACUCAGAUGGCAGCUCUUAUCCUGCUUGUUAUUGUACUUGCCAUUGUUGGUAUGCUUUAUGUUGGACGAGGAGCUAUUAUCACAACCUUUAUCGUGUGCUACGCGCUUACAUCUUUCAUUUCUGGAUAUGUUAGUGGCGGCCUCUACUCAAGGAACGGCGGCAAAAACUGGAUAAAGUCUAUGGUCCUUACCGCGUCCCUUUUUCCAUUCUUGUGCUUUUCAAUUGGAUUAGUGUUGAACACCAUUGCUAUCUUCUACCAUUCAUUAGCGGCUAUACCAUUUGGUACAAUGGUUGUCAUAUUUGUCCUCUGGGCUUUUAUCUCUUUCCCACUGGUGCUAUUGGGAACAGUAGUUGGUCGAAACUGGAGUGGUGCUCCCAAUAACCCAUGCCGUGUGAAGACAAUCCCACGUCCUAUUCCUGAGAAGAAGUGGUACCUAACACCUUCUGUUAUCUCAUUGAUGGGUGGGCUUCUUCCCUUCGGCAGCAUUUUCAUCGAGAUGUACUUCGUAUUCACUUCAUUCUGGAACUACAAGGUGUACUAUGUUUAUGGCUUCAUGUUGCUAGUCUUUGUCAUCCUCCUAAUCGUAACAGUAUGUGUCACUAUUGUGGGCACUUAUUUCUUGUUGAAUGCUGAGAACUAUCAUUGGCAAUGGACAUCGUUCUUCUCGGCUGCAUCAACCGCCUUGUAUGUAUAUCUAUACGCUAUAUACUAUUAUCAUGUGAAGACAAAGAUGUCAGGCUUUUUCCAGACUAGCUUCUACUUCGGCUACACGUUGAUGUUCUGUCUGGGGCUAGGCAUACUUUGUGGUGCUAUCGGCUAUCUGGGGUCAACUUUGUUUGUCAGGAGAAUCUACAGAAACAUCAAAUGCGACUAA